UUACAAAAGCCAGAAUAAAACUUUUUUUUAAAAAAAAAAAUGAUGACUCUCAAAUUAAAAACAAUGCCCAGGUCAAUUAUAAUAUUUAGUAUAAUAGUUUUUAUCGUAGCUAUAUGCGUAUUGGAAUAUUGCAACAAGUUAUUGAGUUCAUCAAAUUAUUAUUCUCUUUACCCCAAAUCCAUACAUUCGUCGAUCUCAAGAAAACAUCCGUUAAAUCCUCCAGAACCAAUCGUGCUUGAUGCGCAAAAUGAGAGAACAAAAAUCAUCCAUAGACAAAAAUGGAAUUCUUAUGUAUCAAGUUCUCAUUUAGCUGAUAUCGGUCAAAUUUAUCAAAAAUGCGAUGAAGCAACAAAAAUGAUAGUGGGGAAAAUACUGUUAAAUAAUAUAACAGAUUCGGGAGAAGCAACCGUACGAUUCUUGGCCAAUAUUACUUUGGAUCAGAAAAUUACGGGUGGAAAUGUGGAGGUCAAAAAAUUUGAAAAUGAAAACUAUGAAACUUCGUCUAUAUCUCUGUGUUCCCCGGAAGGGCCAUUUACAUGUCCAUCGAACAAUUCUUUCAUUAGGUUAGAGUGGAAAUACAAUGAUACUAUUCUGAAUUCGAUCACUUAUCAAUAUCUAGGCAGAAUGCUGGAUUCACUUAAUACGACUAUUUUGUGUUUUGACUUCAAGAUAAAUAAUUAUAUAAACUAAUAAGGCUGAAGAUGAUCAUCCUUUACGAAAUGCGAAUCCAUUUUUGUAUGUAUUUAUU